GAUAUUGAGUGCGCAUCUCUUUUUCCUCUCUGGAACCUGUUUUUGGACCCCUCAUCAGCUCCAUAGUGGAUCAGAGGACCGUGAGAAUUUUCUGAAACUUGUUUGCAGCUGUUGGAGCUCAUCAGGCGUGAAGAAUCAUCAGACCAGUUUCACUCAGAUUUUGUGCCUGAGUCUCAGAACAUGACCAGUUCAUUGGAGAGGGUUGUAGCCCAGAAGAAGGAGGCCAUCGAGGCAGUGAUGGAUAUGUUUGAGAGAGGGGCCGAGGUGCUGGCCAGUGCUGUGGGUGAGCUUUUCCCCCUCUGUGAGGCUGCCGCUCCGGUUCUCCGUCUGGCCUUAGACAAUGUCCAGAGCAAAGAGGUCUUUUAUGUCAAAGAGCAAUUCCUGACGGUGAGGAACAAGCUUGAUGUGCUCUCCAGCCAACUAGAAGACAUCGACUGCGAGAUCAAGAAGGGGAGACUGGAUUCCCAGUACUUCUCAGUGGAGGAGAACAUUCGGAACCAGUUUCGGAAAUAUAUGGACAUCUUAGAUGCAAAACAGCAGUUCAGGGAUGUGAAGACCAGACUUUUCCUGGAGCACUUUGCUAAAACUGGAGGAGAGAAGAACCUUUUUGUGCUGUAUGAUGCUCUGAUGGGGACAAACAGCUUUGGAGAGUCGGUUUUAGAGUUGGUCGAAAGGUAUGUAGCAAGGAACCGCCGUCUCCUUGAAGAUUUCUGUGUCCGGAUGAAAGAGCUCUUCUGUUUGGGCCUGAUUUCUCUGCUGGGUCAUUGUGCCUUGACCCAGGGCCAAGAGGAAGAAGACGUCAAAAUCCAAGAGUGGAACAGCAAAAUUGAAGAAGUAGAGUCCAGGAUGAAGACAACCAUUGAGUCCUGUAUCGCUGCCUUCCCAGAGCAAGCAAAAUUAGACGCCCAGCGCCUCCUGCAAGAAAAGGAAGAAGAGAACCUGCAAGAUACAACUCAGCAGCUUCUUGAGUUCUUGGUGAAAAAGUAUGACUGGGUCAGCUGGUCAGUGCGGCUAAUCAACCAUUCAGGGAGCACCUACCGGAACUGGAGAGCAGGGGAGCACUUUCAUCACGUGGCGGGACAGAACUGGUUCGAGGUGCUCCAGGUAAACAACAUCAACCUGGUGGUGUCGUACAGCACCAAACCCCAGCCGGUGCCCCGUGACUGCAUCCGGCAGGUGAUGGAGGGCCAGGGGAAGAAGGGAAACGCCCCGGCAGUGGUGGAGGUGUUGGAGAAGCAGCUGUGCGGGUUUGUUGUGCACGCCGUCAGUCGCCACAAGGAGUCUGCAGCUGCGUGGAACUUUCCAGAAGAGUGUCACUACUGGGAGAGACACAAGAACGUUGCAGUAUGUGUGCACUCUGAGUAAAGCUGACACAUGUUUAGGAUUUUAGGAUUUAAAAGCAGAGAUGUGUAUUUAAAUUGAGUGUGUCGAUACUGAUGUUAUUAAGUGAAUCGUGUACUUAAUUGCUGUCCACCACUGUGUAUAGUUAUAUCCUCAUGUUACUUUACACAUCAGGUCCAUAUAGUAUAGUAUAACGAUUUUAAAUUGGGUAGAAAAGCAGCACUUACUGAAGAAAUGUUACACUAACACUACUGUAUAUAAUAGGAAGUGUCUACGCUUUUACCUCAGCUGCAUACAGUAAUAAUCUAGUCUCCCAUGGGAAAUGGCUUCUGCACCUACAGCUCUAAAGAGAUGGUUUUGCUGAGGUGGCAUCUACUGAGCUGUGCUCCCAUUUUGUCUCUAUUCAGCAGGCUGGCCUACAUAAGUGGGACGGGGGUUGGGAGGGGGGCAGAGGUUACUUUUUCAGCCGUGAAAAAAAAGAGGCUUGGAGUUUGGCACUGGAGAUGCGACAAUGUGCCUUGUGUUCUAAACACAUUCAAACCCCUCGAACCAAAACAACCGAACCCCACUGCUUACCAGUGUUGUGCCUACAAUUAUAUUAUGGUUCAUGUCAGUUGAUUCAGCCUGCAUGAGAAGUGAUUUUGUCUGCAAGAUUUUUGUAUUUUCUGUAACAUGUGGUGAUAAAUGAUAAGUGCUUUGUUUUGCACUUGCCAGCCAAUUGUUUUGGUUUAUGUAUGAUUUUCUGUUGAUGUGGGUGGUUCUUUGUUAUAUCCCAGCUCAUUCUAAGCACUCAAACUUAUUUUGUGCUUAUUUCAAACACACCACUGUGAAAUUUUAAAUCAUUUCACUAACUGGGCAUCACAAAAUCUUCCCAAGGAAAGAACUAUCUGUGACAACAAAUGAACCACUAUGUACCGGGUAGGUUUAAAUCCAUUGUGUUAUACCGAUCAAUGAUGUAACUGGGCAUUUAUUUAUAUCAAAAUGUUUUGUAUUAUAACUUGCACCACAGCCACAUCUAUAUUCAAACCAAAUAAUCUUAAUGAAAUCAGUGCAUGACUAAUGGCCAGCGUAAUCUUUAUGCUUUAUGACAGAACACAAAUAGUUAAUGGAUGUAUAAACAAGUAUAAUCUAAUAUCUGCCUCUCUUUUCUUGUACAAACGUGAUUUACGCAGCACUGUUAGUGUCUGCGCCCAUUAAAACGAGGUAGUGCACCCUCAGCAACAGGGACUCUGACUAAUUGAAUUGAUAUUUACACAUAAGUCAGCAUUUCCGCAACACAGCUCUAGUUUGAUAGUCUAUGAAUAACCUUUGGCUGAGCUAAUACCCUGCAGAUGAGCAGCAAAGUGCUUGGUUUAGCAGGAUGGUAUCAGUCAUAAUGCGUGGUGUAGGUGCAGAGCUGGUGGAGACGGCCAUCAUUUCAUAUCUCAGUGGAUCUGGAGGGUCUUUAGCUGCUAGGCUUCUCUGACGUAAAUCAAGCCUGUCAGAAUCCAUCAAGUGUUGUCUGUAAUACAGUGCAGUGCAGGAGGAGGUGGACUGUGGUUUGUCUGUGUGCAGUGGAAAAUAGCCGCUGGUGGGAAGACGAGGUUGUUAUGUUUCAGUGGAAAGAUUUUUGAUUGGUUGUCUGGCUCUAUCAAAAGCUCAAAAAUACACCUACAGUACCAGCACCUCUAAAGCUCACUUUUAAUGUAUCUAGUUAGUUUACCAACCAAGAAAUAGUCAAUUGUCAUUUACACUUCAAUUUCUGAGGAUUAAAUGAAAUAUAAUGUUUAAAUUAAUAAGCUUUAGAGGUGCUGGUAGGCAGAUUUUGUUAUCUUUGGACAGAAAGAGGCUAGCUGUUUUCCCUUAUUUCUUUAGUCUUUAUGCUAAGCUAAGCAGCUAUAUUUAGCAUACAGACAUAUAAAUGUAUCAGCCUUCUCAUUUAACUCUCAUUUAGGAAGCAAAAUAUAAUAUAGCCCAUUUCAAACUAUUCCUUUAAUUAGUGAGCUUUAGCUGUGCUGGUAAGUGUGUUUUUGAACUUUGGACAGAGCCAGGCUAGCUGUUUCCCAAUGCUUGCAGUUUUUUGCUAAAUGAAUCGUUUGCUGACUCCAGCUCCUCACUUAACAUAGAUGAAUGUGAUAUGAAUCUGCUCAUCUCACUUGCUGAAACAAAAGUCCCCAAAAUUUUGGACUAAUACUUUAUUUGAGGGUGUUGACAUCCAAAUUAUGUGAAGAGUGUACAAAUCAACCAUGUAUAUAAUACAAAGUAACCCUGUUAUUGCCCUCCUGCAUUGUCAAAAAGCUGGGGAACUGUAUUAAAUCAGCAUGAGUUGCAGCCUGAAAACAAUCUUACUUCUUGAACUCGGAGCUUUACACUCUUUUUUUCCCCAUUCUAAAACAAAUAUGCUGGAAUACAAAACCAAAACAAAGCUAAAUGUGUCACUGUUCAAAGACAGACGUCACCACAACAUUGCACCUGCUACCUUGUUGGCACAAAGCCUUCUUAUAAUUAGAAAUCCCAGACAGGUGACUACUUUCUAAAGGCUUUACCACCUUUGAUAUACCAAUACUUUAAUCCUGCAGUGAAAAAACAGAAAUGCGGAGCAGACAGACGGAUGGGUGUGCCAGACAACAGCUCAGUCUACAAACCGCAGAACCAGUCCCAGAGAGCAGACCACUAAAAUGUUGCAACACAAACAAAACCGGAAACUACCUGGUGUGACACCUGCACCUGCUGUUAGGCCUGUUCACUUACUUUGACACAUUUACAGCUGAUUUAAUUAAAACACAUCCCAAUCUCUUCAUUAUCAUCUUUUAAUCCAAUGUGGUAGAUGUAUUCAGGUGUUCAUUUUUACAUUAUUACCAGAGUGUUAAGUAUUUCCCAGGUUUUUCUGCUGUAUAGACCUAAAGAGCAUUGGCAGCCUGUACUGUAAGCCAGGGGAUUCAUUAGUGGUUGUGUGGGCUUUGCCUAGGUAACAACUAUUGAUCCAAGAGGCUCUACCCCUGCAUAAAAGGCUUUGGCUGUGGUAGCCCGUCAAUCCUGACUGUCAUUAUGGGAAGACUAAAGCAUCUGUUUACUGACUAGAUCUACUGCAUCCAUCUGAAGCCGCAGGAGCCAGAGUUAGCUUGUUUUGCGGUUGAGGGAAUGUUAAAGUAAGGUUUUCUGAAUGAAAGAGUGAAAUCUGAUGAGGAAAUGGUAACACAGGUGGUCCGCAGACAGAGGGCGCUAUCAACAUACAGAUCUGAAGCAUAAACAUGUUUUUAAGAAAGACAUCCCUAGGAAUGAUGCCGGUUGCUAUGGGCCUUCGUGAUUAACAUAUGUAGAAUUACAUUUUAGAGGAUAAGUUAAAAGUGUUAAAGUUUGUACAGCUUUUUCAGCUGUUUCAUGUUUUGCUAAUUGAUUUAGAGUUAGAAGAGUCACAUCCCUUUAGAACUUCUAUACAAGAUGAAAGUGCACAGUGUCACAUUAGACUGUUGACCUGAUUUUUACCAUUUACCAGAAAACCUACAGGAAGCAGGUACAGAUGUUUCCCUUUCUCUGUUGGGACUUUAGGCUGUGGCGCAGUAGAACUUAAUAUGAAAUAUGGCACAAAAAGCAAAAAGACGGCAUUAUGUAAUUCUGGGAAUAAUUAACUGAUUACAUCCUAUACAAAUAAAAAACAUCCCCAGCAUCCCCAAAUGCUCUCCUUUCCAUCAAGCUGAAUUGCCCCAUCUCCAAGAGGAGAUAGCAGCCAAUAUCAAUAUUUCAUAAACAAAUGAAACACUGCAUGGAGGCUAGCAUCAGAGUGCCCCUGGAGGAUAAAGUCGAUCAAUGGUAGGAUAGCUCUGUCCGCUGGUGUCUGCCAAUCCUGGCCCACACAGGAUAAUGCUAUUACCCAUCAGUCCGAGUGGACCAUCGACCAGCCUGCUGCUCUUUGAGUGGACUAAUCCAAUAAAAAGCAUUAAAACAUUUGUUCAGUGACACACUGGCUGCAGGUCCAAGCCCAGAACUCAGGACAGACGACACCACCUGGCUGAAGGCUGAUUGUUUUAGGUACAUGACAUGUUAUAUCAUGGACAUAAUGUUGUUUAAUUAAAAAUCAGGAUAUAACAGUAUUUAUUUAUGGUAACAUACAAGUGAGAAAUAUUUUAACUACAUACCAAAUGCUCAUAGAUGCUGGAAAGAAAAAUAAACAGUAAACAGGAAUAGCAUCUACUCACUCUACACUCCUCCCAAGGUGUAGUGGACUGUUUUAGAACCACAUAUAGGUGACAUUUUAAGUUACACAAUCAACUAUAUGUGUUGGUAAUUAUAGGAUCUAGGGAACAGCUUAUCACAUGGGGAUACUACUUCUGCCAAACUGGUUAGUUUGCAACUUCUACCCACUAUUAGCUUCUGUGAUUUAGUGUAUGGUUCAAGAAAAAUCUAUGUGGGCUUUCAGUUUUGAAAUGAUUAGUUAUCAUUCUUAAUCAAAAACAGGACAGAAAGUAGGUGUGCAUACUGAAUAGUGUUUAGAUGGAUUUUACCUUUAGAAAUGCAACCAGUUGUUCAAAAGUGCAGUUGACACAAGGCUAGAGGUCGUCCAAUAUGGCCACCACACGGUUAUACAUAGUAGCAGAGGGAGUAGAGUUCACUGUUGCUACUUCAGCAGCCAACUAGUUGCUCAAAGAACUAAAUGUGAAAAAUAACUUGAACUGGCUUACUGAAGAAGUGUGACCACGUCUACAAACACAUUUUAGCACAAUACUUUUUAGGCUGUUUUACAGAAUGUGUAACAAAACAGCUUUUAUAUACACAACAAGAUGGCUGAUUCUUUGCCAGUUAUCCACAUCCAAAGGAUGCAGCACCCCCAAACACAGACAUUUCAAACUAAAAGCACAUAAUUAAAUGUUACAUAAACAUUAAAAUGUACCACACAUUCACAAGAUACAAUCAAAGAAUUAAGAAUUGUUUUAAUUUAUUAAUUCAGAACUUAUAUAAAUAUUUAAAAUUUUUAUUUUUAUUAAUAACUGAUCCAGAGCCCCUUUCUGAAAAUAUUCUUGAUUUGUAAUUAUUGUCAAGUAUUACAGAAUAUUGUAGUGUUACAUUAAGCACAUAGUUAUCUAAUAAAACAGAUAUUUAUGGGGUUUGUACUUUUAUUCAUUGAUGGCAUAUGGUAUGCAGCAAAUAAAAUCAUUAAUUGACCUGGUCACAUGAAUGUAAAUAUAAUGUGUAAUUGUAUAAUAUACACCUUGUAAUGUUAUGAUGGAUUUGAACUUUACAGAUGCAGGUAAAUUGAAAACAUUACAUAUUUCUGCAGUUUUACCUGCCGUAUAUAUCUAAAGAGGGUCUUUAUGUGCCUGAAUGCAUCUGGAAUGUCUGGGGAAUCCAUCUGUCAGUAAAGCUUUUAAGUGAAAAUCCACUGGGUGGUAAACACGUGUCUUCCAUCUGCAGUGCCUCAAAAUUUCCCUCAUGUUUUCCAACAUUUCCUUUUCUCCUCUGAUGCCAUCACAGUCUGUCUUCCCUCUUUGAGGCCCCAUGUUGUCUCACUCAAACCCCCAGUGCUGUUGUAGUCUAACCCCCCUACACACACA